GCCGGAAAUCCUGGCUAAAGGUUUACAGCGCCGCAAGACUUCCGAGAGCAGCUGCGACAGACACAAAGAGCGAACUUUGAGAGGGAAACUAAUACCGCAGAACCACAGCGAUGUUGAUAAUACAACGAAACAACGCUUGGAUAUAAAUAAAGUGGGACACAAACAGAAGAAACAAGCCGGACGUCUGGUCGUUGCUGCCGCUGCAUGAACACAGGCCGGCCAAGAUGGCGGAGUACCUUGCUUCCAUUUUUGGGACAGAGAAAGAUAAAGUCAACUGCUCUUUCUAUUUUAAAAUUGGUGCCUGUCGACAUGGAGACCGCUGCUCCAGAUUGCACAACAAGCCAACUUUCAGCCAGACAAUUGCCCUCCUCAAUAUUUACCGGAACCCCCAAAACAGUGCCCAGUCUGCUGAUGGCCUGACCUGUGCCAUCAGUGACAUGGAGAUGCAGGAGCACUAUGAUGAGUUUUUUGAGGAGGUCUUUACAGAGAUGGAAGAAAAAUAUGGAGAAGUGGAGGAAAUGAAUGUGUGUGACAACCUCGGAGAUCACCUAGUGGGAAAUGUGUAUGUGAAGUUCCGUUAUGAAGAGGACGCCGAGAAGGCAGUGAUAGACCUGAAUAAUCGAUGGUUUAACGGACAACCCAUCCACGCCGAGCUCUCUCCUGUCACAGAUUUCAGAGAAGCUUGCUGUCGUCAGUAUGAGAUGGGGGAAUGCACUCGGGGCGGCUUCUGUAAUUUCAUGCACCUGAAGCCCAUCUCACGUGAACUGAGGAGAGAGCUCUAUGGACGCCGGAGAAAGGGCCGCCAUAGGUCUCGAUCUCGAUCAAGAGAGAGACGAUCUCGCUCAAGAGACAGAGGGCGAGGAGGAGGAGGAGGAGGAGGAGGUGGUGGUGGCCGUGACGGAGGUGGCCGUGACCACGAGAGACGUCGUUCCAGAGACAGAGAGCGCUCAGGGCGAUUCUGAACCACAAGCCAUGACUACUCGUCCCUCCCUCCCUCCCUCCCUGCAUCCAUCCCCAGUCUUUUUUUUAAGUUUGUACCCUCCAGAUAUAUUCUAGGAUUAACAGAAAUGUUCCUGAGUAUAAAGCUGUGACAGCAUUGAUGCCCUUGUUUUGUCCUUGAUUUCUGAAAAUGACUUUCACCUCAUUAAAUUGAACAUUUUUACUUAA